AUGCGCACCACAGAUCUCAUCACCAUCGUCGCCUUCGCAGGCACCUCCCUCGCUGCUCCCUGGUCUGACGCCGGCGGCUACGGGCAGUACGCACCAUACGCCUCGUACGGCACCUACGGGAAGUCUCCCGCCGCAUCCAGCACCUCCCGCGCCAGCACCUCCCGCGCCAGCACCUCCCGCGCCAGCACCUCCCGCGCCAGCAAAGCCAUCGCCACCUCCCGCUCCUCCAGCAUAUCAACCCUGGUCGACUUCAGCGGCUACUCCGACGCCAACUGCGGCGCACUCGUUGGCACCUUUACCGUUGGACGGUCCACUGACCUGACCGAUUCCUGCUUCGACACCAAAGUCCCCGUCAAGUAUGUCAAGAUCACCCGCGUCGACCCGGCUUUUCUUCAAGACGGCCAACCAUGGUAUUUCCGUGCUGCAAAGCAAGGAGGAAGCGCAGACUGCAGCUCUUUCGGCGAGGCGGGCAAGGAUCAUGCUUUCAUUGCGCUGGCCGACAAGAGCCAGGCUGCUGGGCAGUGUGUUGAGUUGAGCGCUGUUGGGGAUGGCGCGACUGAGUUUGAUCUGAGCACUGCCAUGUAG